GUGUACGGCUGACUGUGGCUGGAUCACAGGACAUUCGUAUCUGGUUUAUGGACCCUUAAUGAAUGGUUUAACAUCGGUUAUGUUCGAAGGUAUACCAACGUAUCCAACUCCAUCGCGCAUGUGGGAGAUCGUUGAGAAAUACAAGGUAACAACCCUCUAUACAGCACCAACCGCAAUUCGAUCGCUCAUGGCUCAAGGUGAUGAACAUGUCCUCGGUACGGAUCGGUCAUCGCUCAGGAUUCUUGGGUCGGUUGGAGAACCGAUCAAUCCGGCUGCGUGGCGUUGGUUCCAU